AACUAUGGGAACCAUGGGAAAGAGAGGAUUAAACGACCAACAAGUUAAAACACCAAAAAAAAACGAUAAUUACAGUUAAAAAAUCGGUUUUGUAUUAGUUAUCUGUAACCUCUAUCUCUCUGCUAUGCGUGGUCAUCCUCUUGAAAAUAUGCUGACUAACUGAUUACGUGACGUCACCGUUGAUCCACUCUAUGUAUGUCGAGUUGCCGGCCGCGGUAUCGUUCAUAUGUUUGUGGCUAGCUUUCGUUUUAUGGGAUCAAACGUUGUAGUUGGAUCACAACCUUCGUCAACUGCGUAUCUGCCUGCGGCUAGCAAUAUGAGAGUUCUCUCAUGUUUUUUGUUGACGCUUGUAACGAUCAUCAGUGAUAAUCAUGCGGAUGCUGCGCGAAUUCUUGGAGUGUUCCCGACACCAUCCAAGUCGCAUUGGAUUCUUGGGUCUUCGCUCUUGAAGGAAUUGGCAAGCGAUGGACAUGAGGUCACUGAUGUUAGUCCAUUCAAACUAUCGAAUCCACCUGCGAACUACCAUCACGUGGAAAUUGCAACAGAUCAUGAAUUUUUCAACCGUGGAGCAACUUUUUUCGGAAACUGAUAAAUCUCAAAUUAGCAAAAUGGUGGAAAUGUAUACUGCGGUUAACUACUUUUCUAACAGUACGCUAUCAUCACCUGCUGUGAAGCAAUUGCUUCGAUCCAAUCAAAAAUUCGAUUUAGUUAUCUUGGAAAUCUUCCUCGACCAUGCUCUGCUUGGCUUUGCAGAACACUUCGGUUGUCCAGUCAUUGGCACCACUACUCAUGGAGUGUUAGGGUGGAUUAACUCCCUAGUCGGAACUCCGCAACCACUUUCGUAUGUUCCACAUGUUCACAUAGGGUUUUCUAAUCCGAUGAACUUUUGGCAGCGAAUGGCUAAUGUGAUUUUUACUGCGAUUGAUGAAACGUUGCUAUCUGUGUUGGUAUACCCAGAACAGGACCGAAUGUACAGAGAAGCGUUUCCUAAUGCUAAGCGCUCGUUGAGUGAAAUGAGACGAGACGCAGUGUCUUUGGUUUUAGUGAAUAAUCACUUUAGUUUAAGUUAUCCAAGACCGUACGUUCCAAACAUGAUCGAGAUCGGAGGCUUCCACGUUAACAGAAAAGUCAAUCCACUGCCUGAGAAUAUUCUGAAUUUCAUCGCAAACUCAACUGAUGGAGUAAUUUAUUUUUCUAUGGGUUCGAACUUGAAGCCGUCCCAAAUGGGUAAAGAGAAACAGCAAGACUUGCUUAACGCAUUCUCUAAAGUGAAACAAAACGUUAUUUGGAAGUGGGAUGACGAAAGUUUGAAACUCGACAAAAGCAAGUACUUCAUUGCCAAGUGGCUUCCCCAGGAUGAUAUUUUAGCGCAUCCUAAUGUAAAACUGUUCAUCACUCACGGAGGCUUGCUAAGUUGCACAGAGUCCAUCCACCAUGGCAAACCAAUCAUUGGAAUUCCAAUUUUCGGGGAUCAGCAAAUGAAUAUGGAUCAAGCGGAAAAAGCAGGAUGGGGCGUUGCCGUGAAAUUUACCGAUCUUAAUGAAGAGUCUAUUACUAAUGCACUGAAUGAAGUUCUCAAUAACGACAAAUACACUAAAACAGUACAAUUAAUAUCGAAACGAUUACGCGAUCAACCACUACCGCCAAUGGACAUGGCUAAAUACUGGGUGAACUAUGUCCUCCGUCAUGAUGGUGCUGAACAUCUCAAGUCGCCUGGGCAACAAUUUUGCUUUAUCCAGUAUCACAACAUCGAUGUAUAUGUCUUUAUAAUAGCUUUAGUUGCCAUACUAAUUGCAUUACCCAUCAAAGUGUUCAGAGCUUUGUGCAGUCAAAGUGCGAAACAUUCAUCUAAAAUUAAGAGCAAGAGUAAAAAAAAAACGAAUUGAUUUGUAACGUGAAUCAAUAAUGAACAAAAAUAAAGUGGAAAUUCCGUUGCAGAAAAAACACAAAUAGUCAAAUCAA